AAGAGAAGGCAGACAGUAGGUCUCCUCAGCUAGCAGCUGAGUCUGGUAUGAACUGGGACUGCAUUCACACCGGUGUGUGAAGCUCUGAGUCAGACACAUUCCUCUCUGCAGUGGGCAAGGCAACUCCCCAGGGGUUAGUUCAGGGAGCAGAGCCCACCUCUCCGGAGUCUGUCUGAGUUGAGAAGAUACAGACUUCGGAGGAGAAAUCCACUUGCCAACCGAGUCUGCUGGUUUCUGCGGGCCCAGUGAACACUGGAGAAACAAAUGAGGAGCUGGUGAAGAUCAGAGACCUUUCCUCUUGGCUGGCAGAGGUUAUUUUGCACCUCUUGGUCUUGAAGGCAAGGGCAUUGUCCCCUUCUCAGCCCUUUGGUGAUUGAGAGAAACCAACAGACAGAGCUUGUGAUGGACAAGACCAGCAAAAUGGACUGGGUGGCAGGAGGUGAGGAAUAGACUUCUCUGGAGUACCCUGUAUCUUCCCUUCCCUCAGCUGCUUUCCUGGCAAGGCUACACGUAUCCAAUAUAUAGCAAGGGGGGAAGGCAGGGGGAAGGAACAGGUCUCUGACAGCCUGCCUUAUUCUUGCUUGCUGUACCCAAAGAUGUCUUAUGACCCUUCCUUCAGCAGCACAAGACCCGGAGAGGAUCUUGAGGGUGGCAGCUUCUUGGAGGAAAGCAGUGGUGUGGGUGAUGACAGUAGCGUCCUGGGAGGGGACAGCCCAGUCACGGUGCCUCUGGGUGCAGUGCUGCUCAUCAUGUGCCUCACUGGGAUGGUGGGGAACAUAUACACCAUCUUGGUAGCCUCCGGCAGGGUGGCGGGCCACUCAGCAGGCUCCUUGGGGGUCUAUGUGAUCAACCUAGCCCUGGCUGACCUCCUGUACCUCUCCACCAUCCCCUUUGUGGUCUGCACCUACUUCGCCCAUGACUGGUUCUUUGGGGAUAUGGGCUGCAGGCUUUUGCUCAGCCUGGACCUCCUCACCAUGCACGCCAGCAUCUUCCUCCUGACUGCCAUGAGCCUGGAGCGGUACUGGGCAGUGUCCAGGCCACUGCGGGCCAGGUGGGCGAGCAAUGCUUACCGCAAACUGGUCAGCGCUGUCCUCUGGCUCCUCUCGCUCCUGCUUACGGCCCCCAUGAUGGUGAUGACCCAGCUGCGGGAGGAGGACGGCCCCCACAAGCGCAUAUGCAUCCCCACCUGGACACCGGCAGCCUUCCGGCUCUACCUGACGGUGCUCUUCACCACCAGCAUCCUGGCACCUGGCGUGGUGCUGGGCAUCGUCUACACCCGCCUGGCCCGCGCAUACUGCUCCUCCGCAUGGGGCCUGGGGCUGCCGGUGGCUGGCAGGGUCCCUGCCUGGCAGCUGUUGUCCAGGAUCUCCACCAUUGUGGUGGUUUACUGGGCCUGCUUCCUCCCCUUCUGGGCCUGGCAGCUGGCUGGGCUCUAUUGGGGUGAGGGGCUGGGCAUUGGUGCCACCGCACAAGCCUACCUCAACUUCGGGGUCACCUGCCUGGCCUACAGCAAUAGCUGCAUCAACCCCUUCCUCUACACCCUACUCACUCGCAGCUACUGCCAGUGCCGCAGGGUGGGCAUGGCACGGCCACCAGCGCCAUCCUAGGAGCCAUGGAAGGGCUAGGGGGAGGCCACAGCAUCCCUCCACUUAGUAGAA